AUGUUCAUAUUGAGUAAAAUAAAUGAUCUGGUUAGAAUCUCGCCAGAUCAAUUUCAUCGAGAUACAGCGUCCGCUGUGACUCACCAAUUGAAUAACAAGUUUGCCAAUAAGGUUAUUCCUCAUGUUGGGUUGUGCAUUACGAUUUAUGAUCUAUUGGAAGUCGAUGAAGGUCAAUUAAAACCAGGGGAUGGCGCUUCUUACAUUUAUGUGACAUUUAGGGCACUUGUGUUCAAACCGUUUGCAGGUGAAGUGCUGACAGGUUGGAUCUCGAAAUGUACAGCUGAAGGUAUCAAAGUUUCUCUAAUGGGGGUGUUCGAGGAUAUAUUCCUGCCCAAAAAAAUGCUUUUCGAAGGUUGUUUGUAUUCGCCAGACGAUAGUGCCUGGGUAUGGCCAAUGGACGAAGAGACCAAGCUAUAUUUCGAUGUUAACGAGAAGAUAAGAUUUAGAGUGGAGCAAGAGGUGUUUGUGGAUGUGAAACCUAAAUCGCCCAAAGAAAGGGAACUAGAAGAACAAGCCGAACAACAGCAGAAGGAAGAAGGUUUACCAGUGAACAUCGUUACAAAACCACCUGCAUAUGCGAUCUUGGGUAGCUGUCAAACUGACGGUAUGGGGGUCGUAGGAUGGUGGGAGUAA